GUUUUGUGAGAUUUUAUUUUCAAAAAAAACAUUUUUGUUUGAAAAUUUUUUCAAAUUUGUUUCUUUCUUCAAAUUAAUUAAAAACAAAAUGCCCAUCAUAGUUUUGUUGGAUAAUUCAUUUUCAAUGAAUCAAGAUGUAUCAUCAUCAUCAUCAUCGAUAAAAUCCAAUUUUACAGUAUCGAAUAUCGAAACAAAUUAUUUAUCAAGAUUUCAUCUAGCUCAACAUGGUCUAAGAAUUUUAUUUCAAUUUCUAAAAAAUAAUCGUAAAUUUGAAUCAACUGCAUUGCUAACAUAUUCAAGAACGUGUGAAAUUAUUUCCGAAUUUACACGUGAUUAUGAUUUCCUAACCAAUUGUCUAUCGAAUAUUAAAACAAUUGAUCGUUCGAAUUUAAUGCAAGCAUUAUUUAAAGCAUCCAAAAUGAUAAAAGAUAAUUAUAAUUUUGAUCUUUUCUAUCAUAUUAUCGUUGUAACUGAUGGCCUUGCAUUAUUACAAACAAAUCAAUCGAAUAAAAAUAUAUUUGGACAAUUUGAUUUCGAAGAAAAUGAUUUGGAACAGCUAAAACUGCCAUCAAAAUGUCGAAUACAUUUCGUUUGUCUGAAUACAUUGAAUAAUAUUCGCGUACAAAAUUCAUUACAAACAUUUCAAGAAAUUUUAUUGAAAAAUUGUCAAAAUAAAUCGAACGAUGAUUAUGAUGAUGAACAAAUUCAAGUUAAUCAAAAUUAUGAUGGUGGACAAAUAUGGAUACCAGAUACGAAAACAUUAUCACCAAUAUUGAUUGAAGAUUUAUUUCAUAAAUUAUGUUCAGAAAAUUUUAAAUCAUUUUCAGGUAAAAUUACCUGUGGUGAUCUAUCUGGUUUGAUUAGUCUUUAUCCAGAUUUACCAUCGAUUAAUGAUAAAACAAACAUCAACCGGCAACAAAUUGAUAUUAUUAGAAUUUGUGGAUUUUUAAACGCAGAUGAAAUGUUUGAUUCACCAUUUUAUUCACGGCAUUAUGUUAUACCUGUUGCAGAGAAAAAUAUUGAUGAAAUGAAAAAAUGGAUACGUUUUUUAAAUUUUAAAUCCGAUCAAUCAGAUGAUGAUAUAUUACAGAUGUUCGGUGAUGAAGGUAGACAACCAUCAUUUGCUGUUUUAUUACAUGGAAGUUUUAAAAUUGCCAAUAUGAUUGCUGUUUGUGAAAUUUGUUCACAAGCUAACAACAACAACAAUAAUCAACAACAAUGGUAUGGUAUAUUACAAUCGGUUACGGAUAAGAAAAAAUCCAAUCUUAUGUUGUUUACAUUAUAUCCUGGUUCGAAUCCAAUACCAUGGUUAUCAAAUUUUCGUAAUUUUUCAUUAUCAUCAUCCGAUGGAAAUACAACCAAUUCAACUAACUCGAAUAACAACAAUAGUAAAAAUAAUUUGAAAAAAAAUUCCAAUCUAAAUCCAUGGUUACAACCACAAUCAGUAUUUAAUGAUAUACAAAAAGUAUUAAGAUUUUUAAAAAAAUUACCCGAUCGUUAUGAACAGCUAGUUACGGAAAUUAAUCGCAUUCAACGUGCUUCAAUUGCAUUAAAAUUUUUUCAAUUAAUCGAUUCAUUAAUACAGAUAUUUGAAUUCGAAGCACCAUUAUUACCAAAUUAUCAACAACAACCACAAGUACGUGAACAGGUUGAACAAAUUCUGCAAUUUAUACGACAAACUAAACAACAAAUUGUUGUUCAACAACAACAACAACAACCGACGACAACAAUCACCAAUUGAUGCCUAUAGAAUAAUUUUUUAUUAAAAUUUUUCGAUUUUUUUAAAAAAUCACAGUCAUUUACAAAUGAUUUUU